UACCGCCUGGUGGGGACCAUUUCUAUAUAAUCGUCAGCGAAGGUGCCCGUCUCUUCACAUCCUAUCAGUGAUCACGUUUCUUUAACUGUCUGACUCCUCGUUCAAUUCACGUUUACUUAAUCGAAAAACAAACUAACGCAGGACAAGUGAGAAAAGAUGAUCUUGGUGCCGUUAGCCCUGGUGCUUUUCGCGGCGCUCGCGAGCGUCGAAUCAGCGAUAAACGAAGUCCGACCUCCGAGUAACAGACCAGGAAGAUUCCUUUCUCUUCCAAUACCACAGAAGUGUGCAAACCGACCAAAAGAAUUCAACUACAGAGGCCACAACUACUUCUAUAGUGGACAUAUCCCAGCUCAUGGCAACCAGAGGGUGGAUUGGCUGGAUGCUAGGAACAUUUGCAGGGAAUACUGUAUGGAUCUCGUGUCGAUAGAGACUCAAGAUGAAAACAAUUUAAUUUUCAGACUCAUUCAACAAAACGAUGUUCCCUACAUUUGGACAUCAGGACGUCUCUGCGACUUCAAGGGUUGCGAGAAUCGUCGCGACCUAGAGCCAAAAUCUCUCUACGGAUGGUUCUGGUCGGCCAAUAGGAAGAAGAUGGCACCGACUAACCAGGUUCCCGAAGGCUGGAACUUCAAUCCGUGGUCUCAAACUGGCCAUAAGAAAGCCAGGCAACCGGAUAACGCUGAAUUCGACAUAAACGGCACCAACGAAUCCUGCUUAUCCGUUCUUAACAAUGUCUACAAAGAUGGAAUCAGCUGGCACGACGUCGCGUGUUACCACCAGAAACCUUUCGUAUGCGAGGACUCUGAGGAACUCUUGAAUUACGUGGCUAGCACUAAUCCUGGCCUUCGUCUUUAAAAGUAUCACCGAUAAACAAUCUUGUUGCGACUUAACACUAAACCUACCCACGUUGAUUUGUGACUACUUUUAUAGGACGAAUGCAUUAAAGACACUUUUUUCAGUUAAAUGCAAAAAUAUUUUACGUGGAAAUGAAUAAUGCGUGGAACAAUUGUGUAUAAUUCGUAUAUUGCAUAGAACUGUAAAGUUUGAAAUCGGUCAUUUGAUCAGUCGUGGUAGGUUUAGUGUUAAGCGCGAUUUGUAGGCAAAAAGAAAGAAAAUGAAACGAACAUGAAAAAUUUCCUCUGAAAAAGCUACACGCUCUAAAUGAAAAUUAUCUUCCUACGACUUUCUUAAAAUUCUAUUAGUAAACACGAAUCAUUGACGAAUAAGUCUAAAAGAAACUUAAUACUUAAUUAAUUCUGAACAAGGAAGUAAACGUUAAUUUUUAAUUAUAACCUUCAUUCAAGGAUAACUAAUGGUGCGAACAUAUAAUAGCAUUUACGUUUAUGAAUAAACCGUAACUGUAGGUA